ACUGGGGAGAUGUGGUCGAAGAUGACUGGAAGCUGGGAGCUGUGGAUGAUGAAGGAGACCCAACUGAAGAAGGAGUGCACAAAGGGCUGGCUGAAGCCUUGGGAAUCAAGGUGUGGAAAUUCAAAGCUGAGCUGGAGAAGGACAUCAACCAGCUGGACAGCAAAGAAUAUGAAGCCAAAAAAGCUGGCCUUGAUGACGAAGAGCUGCUCAAGAAGAAGAAGGCAGUGAUGCCCAAGCUGCAGGCCAGUGGUGUUCUUGGCUGGGCAGAUGCCCUCACCUCCCUGACCACCUUGCUGAAGAAGCCCAAGUUCAAGACUGAAGAGGUGUCUGAUUCGAUGGGCAAGGCCCUGCAAGCUUUGCAAGCUGCAAAGGCAAUCAAGGCCAGCCUGCAAAAGGCUUUGAAGAAGCCAGACUAG